GAGUGAGUCACAAAGAAUAUGGACGCCGAAUCCCUGAAACCCAAACUCUGACUCGUGUUUAUCUGGAAUUCCUCUAAAUCCAACAUUGGUUUACACGUUUUUAAAACUAUGGGAUGGCGAAUACCCUGGCGAAUAUUUUCGAACAACGCCGUGUUCCAGUAUUUAAUUAUCGGUUUUGCCCUGUGUCAGGUGUGUCCCAUGCAGGUGAGCUCCCCAGCGGAGUUAAGCGCGAUCAGAGGGGAUGCGGUCACUCUGCGCUGCACCUUCCGGUCCUCGGAGCACGUCACCAGCCGCCUGUCUGUGGACUGGUCCUAUCGGCCCGAGGCCAGCAGCCCCUCGGAGUCUGUUCUCUACUACUAUAACACGCUGCACCUGCCAGAGCAGGCCAAAUUCAAGGGCCGUGUGAAAUGGCUUGGGGACCCUGCCAGGGGGGAUGCCUCCAUCCAGCUGCUCAAUGCCUCCCUCACCGACAAUGGCACCUAUAUCUGUGCCGUCAAGAACCCCCCUGAUGUCUACGGGGCCCCGGGCCAAAUUCACUUGACUGUCACACCUAGGGAGCUGGCCCUCCGUUUCUCCGAUGUUGCGGUUCUGAUGGCACUGGUUCUGCUGCCCUCCCUCAUCAUCGUGCUGGUUCUUCUGGGCCGGAUGUGCUGUCCUGGAAGGUCCUGCUGCAAGCAGCGGGACAAAAGCAAAACCUCCACCAUCGAGGUCACAGAGGGAGAGGAGCCUGUCCGAAAGGACCCUAGUGCUAAGGAGAAGGUUGCCUCAUGCUGUUACGUCUAUUUGCAGGAUGACUAUGAAGAAUACUACAGCCACAAAGCGGGGUUUGAGGCACACACUGUUGAUGAGACUCAGUGCUAGUGCCCUCUGGUGGUGGAGCAGUAGAAGUGUAGCAGUCUUUCUCCCUUGUAUUUGGUAGAAUCUUCCUGAAGGAGGGUCCUUUUAGGUCCUUUCAAGGAGAAAUUGUUUGAAAAGGAUUGUUCCAGAUAUUUGGGUCGUUUAAAAAGGUAAAGGUCAACACAUUCAGCUGGCCUUCUGAGAUGAACUGAAGGUUACCCACAGGGGUCUUACAUUGAGUUUUGUGAUACUGAGACACAGCUGCUGGAACCAACCUGCCUUUGAACCUAACUGGCCUUUGAACCUCAAGGAACUGCUAACAUGGAAACCAAAUAUGCACUCACACACACAUACAACGUGGCAUUCAUUCUUUCUGUCUCUCAGUCACUCACACACACUCAAACACCCUGAUAAGCACUAAUCUUUAUUUAUAUAUGGUCCAGUUGUGUUCUUGAUUUAUGACUCUAGCCUAGUAUUUUUCAGCCCUUGUCCCAGGGACACACUGUUUUUGCUGGGUUGUGUUUCAAAUUGUUUUAAUUAAUAUCUGAAUGAACUGUUAACAGAAUUCUGAUCUGUGUUUAAUUUGCUGUACAUUGCUGGAUGUGCAUUCUUCUGUGGUAAAAAUGAAAAACUACAGUGCUUUAUUUAACAAAAUUUAGAAUAUCUCUCUCUGAAACAAAUUUGGAGCAGGUGUUCCAUGAGGGCCUAAUUAGUGCUUAAAUUAACUGCUUUGAAACAGUUAUGCAGACUAAACUUCAGUUGAGUAAUAAUUAGUAUUAUUAAGUUGUUUAAGAGUUAAAAUUAAGCAAAAAAUGAGAAUUUGUUACUUGUAUGUUUUUGAUGGGGAAAAAUUCCAGUCCAGCAACACACUUCUUUCAUAAAAUGCAGCAGACGCCUGUUAAAUGAAGUAACCCUCUUUCGUGUUCAGUUUCAGUAAGUCAGUUCAAAGCUAAUUAAGAGUUCAGCUGGAACAAAAAGCAGCAUUUACUGUGUACUCUCAGCACAAGGGGUGUGAAAUGCUAAUUUAGUCUGCUUUCUCUGAUUUCCCUGUUGUAAUAUUCAGCUUUGUAAAUACCUGUGGUCUAAGUUAUUGUGCGCUGUAAGUUAUCUCGAGAGGUUUACUCCUCAGUGUAAAUGUCAUUGUGUUUUGGUGUUGUUACGCAGCUGUUUGUUUACAUGUGUGCCAACCUGUUGCACGGGAAUGGUUUCAAGAGCUGGUAGAGGAUCUAAGCAUUAUACUCGGAUGUUAUAUUCCAGCUUAACAUUGAACUGGGGUUUAAUGAAAUGGGAAGGGAAGUCCCGAACCCAGUGAACACAGAACACUCACAGAGCCUUGUGGGAAUGGCAGAACAUCGUGUUAGCUGGGAGGACUCCUGGUCUUGUAGCUUGUCCUGGGUUCUUUUGUUAAGAUUGAAUCGUAAAGCACCAACAGAAAUUGGAAAUGUAAACUGCGUCAGCUGUGCUGCUUACUGUUUGCACAGGAAGUCAUGGUUGUGUGGUCGCUCAUACUUUGCUUGCUGUUGAUAAUGGCUGUGAAAAUGUGAUCAUGGCUUCAGCACUGCGUAUUUCAGUGGUUUGGUAUUACAGUUGCAAGUUAGUGAAGUGAAGUAAUUCUUCCUAAUAAAAUUAUUCAUUAAUGUGGACCUCCGACGAGGCAUCGAGCUUAUGGUAUCCACUUUUAUUAUUGUUCACAGAAAUGGAAUAGUGUGCUGUACUAUCAUUUUAAGUAGCAUACUGUCUUAUAGAUUCUCAACAAGAUUGUCAG